GUGGCGAACGCGUGAAAUUGUCAUCCUCUAGUUUUGUCAAUACCUCUAUUUGUGUUGUUGCACUCUUUUCUUCGUGAUUUUCACGACCAAUUUCCACUCCAACCGGACGAAAAAAUGGUCUAAUCGCGAGAUUCCGCCGUGAGGAAGGCCGUGGUAGUGUUGAAGUGCUCGAGUGUUGCGUAUUUGCGCGAAUAUUUGCCAUUUCUGUGAUAACAAAAGCGCGACUCUGCUGUUUUUCCUUUAUCUCCACACAUUCCGUUACUUUGAUUUUUCACCGUGGAAAACUCAACCUGUCCAGCAGAUUCGCGCGUGAGAAGCCACCAAAAGGAUGUCGUCGCCUCACCACCAGCUGCAAGCCCAGUCCAACCAUGAUCCCAACUACCUGGUGCGCCUCCAGAAUCUGCGCCUCGCUGAGGAGCAGGAGGCCAACUCGUACAGGAUUCAGCGCCCCGGCCAAGUGGGGAAGAGUGUGGUGCACCAGAAGAUUGGCUCCUACUUGCCCACGAACAGUCCCACACACUCCCAUUCACAUUCCGGUUCUUCGCAGCAUUCCGACAGCCCCAAAGCCAGCUUCGCGGCUCCGGCGGGCGUCACGGGGCCCGUGUAUGAGAACUUGGAGUACCUGGGCGCGGACCAGGGCCCGUACUACGGGAGCUUCGAUUGCGCGAACAAGAGAGCGCAGCCACAGGUCCCGGUGUCGGGUUCAAUGACUUCUCCGGCGCCGCCGGGCAGCGCGAGUCGCUAUGCGCACACUCCGCAGCCGGAGAGCGAGCCCCAAGUGCACAUCUACGAGAAUCUGCACAUCAUGUCGGGUCAGCGGGCGCAGCCCCAGGCCUCUCCGGGGCAAGCGGUGUACUACCACCGUACAGACAGCCCCUCCGCCACCGCGUCGCACUCCUAUCAGACCAACAUGGUGGCCCCCUCGGUGGCCACGAGUCUCAACAAAGCGCAGCAGUCCAACGGCAGCCCGCAUCACUCGCACAGCAGCUCGGGGGCAUCCGCGAAGAGUCACUACUCGCAGUUGAACAGCUUCCCGCCCAAAGCCGCCAUGGUGCAGUACCACCAUCCGCCGCUCCCGCUCGCCCAGUCCGUGCAACAGCCGCCGCACUAUCAACCCAUGAAGCCUAUCAUCCCCAAUCCCAUCUAUCAGAACACCUCCGGCGGCGGUGCGUACGAGUUCCAGAAGUCUCCCAAGCACUUCGCCUAUCUGCCCCAGUACGAGCCCAAGAAGUACACGCCCAGCCAGAAGGCCGCCGCGGACGACAUCAACGGCUCUGACUACGUGUGCAUGUCGGCUGGCACGUUAUCCCAGAUCCACUCCCAGGCGGCGCCUGUCUUCUCCACCACGUCCUCAACCAACAAUCCCACGAAAGUCACUGCAUACGUCGCCGGUCCGGCCACGGCGAUCGCUCCACCGCCGCCAGUAGCAAAGCAGAAGCUGGAGACAAGUCUUCCGGAGCCGCUGCCACCCAAGCCACAGCCCAAGAAGGCCUCAUCGCCGCCAGUGCAGAGUCAGCAGGUGAAGCAGGACAGGGAGUCUCUGGCCGAAGCGGCUUCGCCCACUCCGUCGCAGCACAGCAGCGGCAGCGGUUCGGGAAGACGUGAGUGUACAAAAGGGCUCUCGAAGAAUCUUCUGCCCUACAAUGUGACUCCACCGCGUGGAACUGGUCCCACAGAGGCCGAGCGCAAGAUUGAGGAGCUGACGAGACAGCUUGAGGAGGAGAUGGAGAGGAAUGAGGAGCAGGGAGAGUAUUUCGGCAUUUGUCACACAUGUGGAGAUAAAGUGACUGGAGCUGGGCAGGCGUGUCAGGCGAUGGGGAAUCUGUAUCACACGAAUUGCUUCAUUUGCUGCUCCUGCGGCAGAGCACUGAGGGGAAAGGCUUUCUACAAUGUUCAUGGUCGGGUUUAUUGUGAAGAAGACUACAUGUACUCGGGAUUCCAACAGACGGCUGAGAAGUGUGCAAUUUGUGGACAUUUAAUAAUGGAAAUGAUCUUGCAAGCCAUGGGCAAAUCGUAUCAUCCAGGCUGCUUUCGCUGUUGCGUGUGCAACGAAUGCCUCGAUGGAGUGCCCUUCACUGUGGAUGUGGACAAUAAAAUCUACUGCGUCAACGAUUAUCAUCGAAUGUUUGCCCCAAAGUGCGCCAGCUGUGGCAAGGGAAUUACGCCGGUGGAGGGAACCGAAGAGACUGUCAGGGUUGUGUCAAUGGACAAGGACUUCCAUGUGGAUUGCUACAUUUGCGAGGAAUGUGGCAUGCAACUGACGGACGAGCCGGACAAGAGAUGUUAUCCCUUCGAGGGACGACUGAUGUGUCGUGCUUGUCACAUCCAGAAGAUAUCCAUGCAGCCGCACAAUCGUGUCAUUGAGCCCGUAUCGGCCACUUAUCAGUACAUGGGUUGAGGCUGGAUUAUAUGGAGAAAAUGAUGAUAACGAAAAAAAGACAUGGACGUAAUAUAAAGGACAAUAUAAUCGGGAUUUUCACGCAGCAUCUAAUAAUCCACAAUUCUUCAAGAUCUUCCCAGCUAAAUAUCCUUGGCAAUAUUUAAACAAACGUACCGCGAAUUUCCCUCUUCAGCAGGAUACAUAAACCCUUCAAUCUUCGGCUUUAAUAAUAUAUUUCGUAAAAUAAGCAUAAUAUAUUAGACUUAUGUACUCAAUAUUUAACACACAAUAAACUUUCCAUGAAGAAAA